CACAACUUUUUUUUCUCUUCUCUGUUUUUCUUCUUUUCAAGACGGGAGAAAGCUAUGGCAAUUCCUCUCUCUGUUCUUCUCUUCCUCCUGCCUCUUCUGUCUCCAACCUUCAUUUCCUCUUCGCCGGUUCAAGAUCCUGAGCUAGUAGUAGAAGAAGUGCACAAGAGGAUCAAUGCUUCAAGGAGGAACUUGGGGUUCCUGUCUUGCGGAACCGGCAACCCCAUCGACGACUGCUGGCGGUGCGACCCAGAUUGGGAAAAGAACCGCCAGGGUUUGGCUGACUGCUCAAUCGGGUUUGGGAGGCAUGCCAUAGGCGGAAGAGAUGGGGAGAUUUACGUGGUGACAGACUCGGGGGACGAUGACCCUGUGAACCCUAAGCCUGGCACUCUGAGAUAUGCAGUGAUCCAAAAGGAGCCAUUGUGGAUCAUUUUCCAGAGGGAUAUGGUGAUCAAACUGAAGGAAGAGCUGAUCAUGAACUCGUUCAAGACCAUCGACGGCAGAGGCGCCAGCGUCCACAUUGCGGGAGGGCCGUGCAUUACUAUCCAGUACGUGACCAACAUUAUCAUUCAUGGCCUCAACAUACACGACUGCAAGCAAGGAGGCAACGCCAAUGUGAGAGACUCCCCCGACCAUUACGGGUGGAGGACGAUAUCAGACGGGGAUGGGGUGUCCAUAUUCGGGGGAAGCCAUGUUUGGGUGGACCACUGCUCUCUCUCCAACUGCAAUGACGGACUGGUGGAUGCCAUCCAUGGAUCCACGGCCAUCACCAUCUCCAACAACUACAUGACCCAUCAUAACAAGGUCAUGCUAUUGGGCCACAGUGAUUCCUAUACUCAAGACAAGAACAUGCAGAUUACCAUUGCCUUCAACCAUUUUGGAGAAGGUCUCGUCCAGAGAAUGCCCAGAUGUCGACACGGCUAUUUUCAUGUGGUGAAUAACGACUACUCGCACUGGGAAAUGUACGCUAUUGGGGGAAGCGCGGAGCCUACAAUUAACAGCCAAGGCAAUAGAUUUCUUGCUCCUGAUGACAGAUUCAGCAAGGAGGUAACCAAACAUGAGGAUGCACCACAGAGCCAAUGGAAGAAUUGGAAUUGGAGAUCAGAAGGAGAUUUAUUGUUAAAUGGUGCCUUCUUCACAGCAUCAGGGGCCGGAGCUUCUUCUAGUUACGCCAAGGCUUCGAGUUUGGGGGCAAGACCCUCUUCUCUUAUCACCACUAUCACAAAUGGGGCUGGUGCACUCAACUGCAAGAAAGGCAAGCGUUGCUGAUUGGAGCACCCCGCAGCACUAGUAUGAAGGUGAAGACAAGUGCAGUGAAAAAUGUUAAUAAGGGAGGAAGUAGCUGGACAGGCCAGCUUGUAUUUACAAGUUUGUUGUUUGUUACUCUUUAUGAUUACAGCCACCGCCUUGUUUCAAACCAAAAGAAAAGAAAACCAUCACUUUGGGUUCCCUGUUGGGAAUAGAAUGGGGUAAAGAAGAAACGAAGAGCAGUGACUGUUGAUAGAUAGAAUUUCCAAUAUAUCUGUCCUUACAACAUUAAAAGCUCGUUGAAUUUUCAAUGGCUUCAUAAAAUCAAA